UAGCUAGGCUAUUCCGACCACGUGUCCCAAAGGACCCAAAGGCAAGUCGAUACCUGCUCUGUCCAUUGUUGAAGUUGGCCGUCAGAGCACCCUACAUAUCACAGUCAGCCAGCAAGUGUCCAUCUGUCCCAGUCCUUCCCUCCGACAUUCUGUCACAAGAUGUCGUAUCUUCCCAAAGAGGCCAUCAAUCUCACAGGUGGCUGCUAUUGCAAAGCCAUCCGAUACACUGUCAAAGUCCCAGCUUGGGGCGAGCGUCCUCCAGUCCCCGGCGCACUUGAGACUCCUAUCUCGUCCACCGAAACGGUCCAGACAAAACUGCCCUUGGUUGACAUCGACCAUUGCGGCAAUUGCCGUCGCCAAGCUGGCUGUCUGGUUCAAUGUUGGCUUAUAGUCCCGAUCAACUGGGUGGAAUGGGACCUGCAAUCGAAAGAAGCUGCGGGCAAUGGGCAAACGCUUCAUUUGUCUACGCGUGAAGCCGUCGGGCCCCUCCAGGGGACCGAGAACCUGCCCUCAACCUACGUAUCGCGCUUCUCCUGCACUGAUCGAGCCACGAGGGUGUUCUGUUCACGGUGUGGUACAAACCUCACAUAUCUGAGCCACAAACACCUGGAUACCCCACAGGCAUUUGUCGAUGUUACAGUCGGCAGCCUCGAUCCGGAAUCUGUCGAAUUGGCGAAGCCAGAUCGGCAUGGCUGGUGGGACUUUGGUGUUGAGUGGAUCAAGACUCUGCUCAGAAAGGGAGACGGCGGGUUUAUGAUCAGACACCAGACGGGUGAUGUGUCUCGAGCUGUGGAAGAUUAAUCGCACCGCAGUUGUCCUAGUAGUCAACCCCGACGAUUUCAUUUCUGACCGAGCUCAAACUCUAUCAAGCUUGCCGUGUGGUCUCGGAUCUGAAACGAGAAUGGCAGACGUAUAUAAUGUCGAAUAAGUAUG